GACGAGUGUUCCGUCCGCUGCUUUUGCGCCUAGAAAUGAACCCCUGCAGCGCUUUUAAGGGGUUGGACAUUGAGACGGUUAUUUGAGACAUUUUGCGUCAAUAUAAAAACAAAAAGAGCACCAGUUGGCGCCGCGGCGCGCUGGGUUAUUAAACGUGGAACACCCCGCGGAGGCGGAGAUGGUUCGGUCUGUAGUAGGUGGGACUGCCGAGCGGUCUGCAGCAGGACGUCGUAGAUCAAUGAACCGGACCGGAGGGUUGGUCCAUCUUCUGGCGUGCCUCUGGCUGUAGCUUAUAGAUGUGUUUGUACACCUAUCCAGGAAAGCGGCUCCUGUUUGUGUUUAGCUGGUGACCAGACGCGGUCAGGAUGCGGAUAUUAUAAAGCCACCGGGCAUUUCCCACCUCUCAUCGCUUGAUUCAUUCUAGCUCAUCGCUGUAAUUAUAGAUUUUUUCCCCCCUUUUUUAACUAAUCUGUAACCUCCAGGAUGAUUUUUGCAAACAACCCGCUGAAAACAUCCAAUCGAAAGCAGUCGUACCCCAUGACUCCGUCCAGUCCCAGCAGCAGCAGCAACAGCAGCAGCAGCACAGGCCUGGAGCAGCUCAGCAAAACUAACCUCUACAUCCGCGGCCUGCCGCCUGCCACUACAGACUUAGAUCUGGUCAAACUCUGUCACCAGUAUGGAAAGAUUCAAUCUGCUAAAGCAAUCCUGGACAAGACGACUAACAAGUGUAAAGGUUACGGCUUCGUGGACUUCGACAGCCCAGCUGCUGCAUUAAAGGCGGUACAUGCUCUAAAAACCAGCGGCAUCCAGGCACAGAUGGCCAAGCAACAGGAACAGGACCCGACAAAUCUUUACAUUUCCAACCUGCCUCUCUCUGUGGAUGAGAAAGAGUUGGAGAAGAUGCUGCAGCCCUUCGGCCAGGUCGUCUCCACCCGAAUUCUCCGAGACUACAGCGGUAACAGCCGAGGCGUGGGCUUUGCCAGGAUGGACACGACGGAUCAGUGUAGUGCUGUCAUCUCACACUUCAACGGGAAGUUCCUGAAGUUAGCUUCUGGAGCGCUGGCUCCGUCUCAGCCCUUGUUGUGUAAGUUUGCAGACAGUCAAAAGAAGAAACAUGCUCACGGUGGAUUUGUUCCCAACGGACAGACGGGAGACCUCAGACUAGGUGCGAUGACUCUGACCUAUGACCCUUCCUCAGCAGCCAUUCAGACCGGGUAUUAUCCUUCUCCAUAUCCAGUGACCAACAGAAUAAUGACUGUGCAGCCUGCAAUGUCUCCCUACAUGUCUCCAGUCUCAGCCUACCAGGUUCAGAGUCAUUCUUGGUUGGCACAUCAACCCUACAUCAUGCAACACCCGGCUGCAGUGAUGUCUCCCUCUGUGGAUCCCUCCAUGUCAAUGCACCCCUCAGCCAUGAUCACUCAGCAGAUCGGCCAGCUGUCGCUGGGAAACACUGGAGCUUAUAUUCCUGCCCACUCCAGUGUCCAGGGAGCAUACAUGCCUCAGUACGCUCCCAUGCAGGCAGCACCCGAAAAUGGCACGCUGCACCAAGUGGAUUCUUCCAACAACUCGUCUCCGUACAGUCAACUCAGCAAGUGACACACAGGCCACGUUACAGCUCUGUGAGCCAGACGGCAGGUGAGAAGUUGCUGAGGACAUCACGGGGAUCAGCCUGCCCUGAUCGGACCAGAUACAGGAACCUUUUUUUUGCACAGUCCCAACAUUUUUAGUGAAAAUUAAAGACGAUGUAAAAUGACUCAAACAGUCUGUCAAUCACAUGAAAAAAGAACGAAAAGUAGAUUUAUUUUGAUAAUAAACAAGAAACUCUUCUUUUUUUCUCUUUUUCAAACCAGAGGACCCCCACCCCCACCUCCACUUCUGCCCCACUUCCAUUAAAAUGCAUGAGACUCAGAUCUUCCCCUCCACCUUUGAGGUGUCCUUGUUUUCAGAGCUCCUUUUAUUGUGAAACGUGACAAACUUUGCAGACCUGGUUUGCACCGAAGUUUUAGAAGAACUUCGUUUUGGUUUUCAAUGUUGCAGCAGAUGACUUUACGCCCAGCUGCACACGAGCGUUGAACAGAACACAUGACCAUUUCAUUAGGAAUUAUUAAAUUUAUCAUUGGAAACGGUGCCUUUCCUACAAAACAUUCUGUCAUCAGACUUGAUCAGGUGUCAUAUUUGUAAUUGUGUGCAUGAAAUCAUGGAGAUUUCUCUUUAAUGUUUCGCUAUCUAGUUGUUUGGUAGCAAUAAAGACAAUGAGAGUUCCACGGCAAUAGUGAUUUAAAAAAAAUGGAGGCCAACUCAGAGCAUGGUAAUUCCUUAUUUUCCUAUUUCCUUUUUUCAAAGAAUUAUUAUGACAGGACAUGAAACGAGAGCAGUACUUUUGUGAAAUUCCAAGUUUUUCACCCGAUGGGCAUCGAUUUGGAGGCUUUGUUUUUUGUCAGUUAUCUACCAGUUAUCUACCUCAGGGUUCUGCUGGAGUCAGCUGGUGCUGUCGGGUUUGCAGGUAAAGCCCCCUCUCACCAGAACGGACGACACGAACCUGAAGCCACGCUCAGGAGCUGGCUGAACUCUGCUGUUUGUCUCACACACGCAGCGAUGCUCCUCCUAAUCUUCAAAUUCAAAAAAGAAAGAAAAAAAACAUUCUUACUUGCGUUAGAUUUUUUUUUAUUGUCCUUUGUCUUUGCUUCUGUUCAGGUGAUUCUUUUCUCAACGUGAUUACAGCUUUUCAAUUGUGAUGCUCCAUUUUAAAGAUCAGAAGACUGCUUCUGUGUGAAGCAGCUGGUUCCUUAGAGCCGACCAAGUUCACAGAGUUUAGAUUGUUAGUUAAACCGUUUACAGCCAAACACUGUAGAAGGAGAAGGUCACGUCUGACUGUUCUGCGUUUCAAUAGCAGUCGAUCCCUGACUGCUGUUUGGUGGACAUUACAAUCACAGGACUCACACGACCAUCUGAGGAAAAUGACCUGAACUUUACUCACACUCAAGACCAAAAUCCAGUUUCAUUGUCUGCUUGGUUUAAGGAAAAGUCUUAAACACGUGUGGUCGCUGUGGUUCUCUCUGAUCUGUGGGACUCAGACAGCUACAGAACAUCCAGGCAGGUUUUCUGAAAAGUUUUCCUGGGAAAAUGUAAAAAUGGAAGGAAAAAAAAUGUUAUCCUCAGCACUUCCUCCUUUCACCUCCAACUGAAUCUCAAUCAAUCUUCCUUUGGCUCUCUCCCUUGAUGAAAACAUGACAAAUGAAAACAUUCAUUAAUAAAAUGUCCCUUUCUUUCUCAGAAAA